AUGAACCUGGUUGCAGAUUAUGACUCUUCAAGUUCAGGUUCAGACGUUGAUCAAAACAAAAAGAAAUCAACUGAUGUUGAGUUAUUAAGCAAACUAAACAAUGAAAAAACUGAACCACCUGUGCUGUUGCCCCAUAUACAAGAGCAGGAAACAGAAAAAAGAGCAAAUGAAACCAAUACUAAUUGUAUUAAACUUCCAUCAGCAAAAUCUGUCAUGAAGCGAAGGGUAUCUUCUGAAUCAUCAGUUCUUGCUACAGAAUACAAAAGAGAACAAGACGAUAAAAACAAAAUUUUAGAGCAACAUGUAAAAAUGGUAACAAACUCGAAAUCAAUUAAUGGCAAGGUCAAUGGCAAAAAGGUCUGUUGGAUGUAUAGAAGAGGUCGUUGUAGACUUGGAAAGAAAUGUAAAAUGUAUCAUGACAGUGAAUUACGCAAAACUGAAGCAGUUGAAAAACCUCCAACAAACAACAUUUCUGAAAUCCCCAAAAACUCUCCUCAAAAGCGAUCAUAUGAAGAAGUAUCACCAGCCGUUAUUGAUGAUGAUGAGAUUCAGCCAAAAACUAAAAUUCAUAAGAAGAAAUUUGGACUAAGUGAUGAUAUUGUUCCCCCCAAAAAAGUUAUUGAACAUUUGGAACGAGUUGGUAAAACCUGCCACUGA